GAAAGCUUUGUCCUGCGCUCAUAGUUGCAGUAGGAAGGAGGCAGGAUACCACCCUGAUUCUUCUGGGAUGCAGCAUCACAGCCCCUCAGGGGACCUUGUGCACCCUUGGCUCUGACACCUUGCAGAGCUGGAAGUCAUAGAGAGCCAGUGCUGUAUAGUUUGCUGGCCAGGGUCCCGCAGGUGUCAGAGCUGGAGUCUACAGGCUGUAAGAAUGGACUGCUGAAUUGGGAAUUAUUGCAGACUCAACAGUACAGCACAGCUCGUUGCUUCAUCUAUUACUAGUUAUUUAAAUUGGACUUUUAAUAUCCCGCCAGCUGCUGUUCACACACACAUGGUGCAUUGUUGCCAUUCUCAGAAUUGCAUCUUUGAAACCCAGACCAUCAGUAACCUUCAUUGAACAAAGAGGCGACCUCCUGCGUAUGUUUAUAGAGGGAUUUUUCAGACCUACUGCCCUCUAGCUUUCUUGCUGGUGCUGUAUUUCUAAGACACUAUGGAGCCCAGUAUGGAGUACUGCUUAUCGCAGGUGCUGCAGAAGGAUGUUGGAAAGAGACUUCAGGUUGGCCAGGAAUUGAUAGAUUACUUCUCAGAUAAACAGAAGUCAGCUGAUCUUGAACAUGAUCAGACUAUGCUGGAUAAAAUGGUUGAUGGACUGGCCACUUCUUGGGUAAAUUCCAGCAAUUAUAAGGUGGUUCUCCUGGGGAUCGACAUCCUUUCUGCACUAGUGUCCCGCUUGCAAGAUCGCUUCAAGGCCCAGAUUGGCACAGUGCUGCCAAGUUUACUUGAUAGGCUGGGAGACUCUAAGGACUCGGUGAGGGAGCAGGAUCAGACCUUGCUGCUAAAAAUCAUGGAACAAGCUGCUAACCCUCAGUAUGUGUGGGACAGGAUGCUAGGAGGAUUCAAACACAAGAAUUUCCGGACAAGAGAAGGGAUUUGUCUCUGCCUUAUUGCAACACUCAAUGCAUCUGGAGCUCAGAGUUUAACACUGAGUAAGAUAGUGCCACAUAUAUGUAACUUACUUGGAGAUCCAAACAGCCAGGUUCGAGAUGCAGCAAUAAACAGCCUUGUGGAAAUUUACAGACAUGUUGGUGAACGUGUAAGGGCUGAUCUCAGUAAAAAAGGAUUACCCCAAUCUCGGUUGAAUGUAAUUUUUACAAAAUUCGAUGAGGUCCAAAAAUCUGGAAACAUGAUCCAGAGUUCAGGUGAUAAAAUUUUUGAUGAUGAAGACUCCGUGGAUGGGAACAGACCUUCCUCAGCUAGCUCCUCUACAUCUUCAAAGGCCCCUGCAAACUCGCGCAGAGUUGGGAUGGGGACUACCCGCAGACUUGGGUCUGCAGCUCUGGGCUCCAAGUCUUCAACAGCCAAAGAGGGAGCAGGUGCUGUGGAUGAAGAAGACUUCAUUAAGGCAUUUGAAGAUGUCCCAACGGUUCAGAUUUAUUCUAGCCGGGAUCUUGAGGAAUCCAUAAACAAAAUAAGAGAGAUACUAUCAGAUGAUAAGCAUGACUGGGAGCAGAGAGUUUCCGCGUUGAAAAAGAUUCGCUCCUUACUUUUGGCUGGAGCUGCAGAAUAUGAUAACUUCUUCCAACAUUUAAGACUUUUGGAUGGAGCAUUUAAAUUGUCUGCUAAAGACCUGCGGUCUCAAGUAGUACGAGAGGCUUGUAUCACAUUGGGACAUUUGUCAUCAGUUCUGGGAAACAAGUUUGACCAUGGGGCAGAAGCCAUCAUGCCAACAAUUUUUAAUCUAAUUCCGAAUAGUGCCAAGGUCAUGGCCACUUCUGGUGUCGUAGCAGUUAGAUUAAUCAUUCGACAUACGCACAUCCCUCGAUUAAUACCCAUCAUAACCAGUAAUUGUACCUCCAAGUCUGUUGCAGUUAGAAGGCGAUGUUUUGAAUUUUUAGACUUGCUGUUGCAGGAGUGGCAAACACACUCCCUAGAAAGACACAUAUCAGUAUUAGCUGAAACGAUAAAGAAGGGAAUUCACGAUGCAGACUCUGAAGCCAGGAUAGAGGCAAGAAAGUGUUACUGGGGUUUCCACAGUCACUUCAGCCGAGAGGCAGAGCAUUUGUACCACACCUUGGAGUCUUCCUACCAGAAGGCCCUGCAGUCGCAUUUGAAGAACUCUGACAGCAUCGUGUCCUUGCCCCAGUCGGAUCGCUCCUCCUCCAGCUCCCAGGAGAGUCUCAACCGUCCAUUAUCUGCCAAAAGAAGUCCUACUGGAAGUACUACAUCUAGAGCAUCUACAGUAAGUACAAAAUCUGUGUCAACACCAGGAUCUCUGCAGCGAUCCCGCAGUGACGUCGAUGUGAAUGCAGCAGCUAGUGCCAAGUCAAAAGUGACGUCUUCUGGAGCAUCCACCCCCUUCAGUUCUGCUGCAGCCUUGCCCCCAGGCUCAUACGCAUCACUAGGUCGGAUUCGUACAAGAAGACAGAGCUCUGGCAGUGCCACAAGCGUCACCUCAACGCCUGCUGAUACCCGAGGCCGCAGCCGGGCUAAAGUAGUUUCCCAGUCCCAGCCUGGUAGCCGGUCUAGUUCCCCGGGUAAGCUGUUAGGAAGCGCCUAUGGCGGCCUGAGUGGUGGAACAUCCAGAGUCCAGCCAGUGCCAUCAUCUUCAGAGAAGCGCAGCAAGAUCCCUCGGAGCCAGGGAUGCAGUCGAGAGACAAGUCCCAACAGAAUAGGACUAGACCGGUUUGGACUCGGACAGCCAGGCAGGAUGCCUGCUUCUGUGAAUGCCAUGCGAGUCCUGAGCACAAGCACAGAUCUGGAGGCUGCUGUGGCCGAUGCACUGCUGUUAGGAGACUCCAGGAGCAAGAAAAAGCCAGUGCGAAGAAGAUAUGAACCCUAUGGGAUGUACUCCGAUGACGAUGCUAACAGCGAUGCAUCAAGCGCUUGCUCAGAGCGCUCCUAUGGUUCCAGGAAUGGGGGCAUUCCACACUACCUGCGGCAGACUGAAGAUGUGGCCGAGGUCCUGAACCACUGCGCCAGCUCCAACUGGUCUGAAAGGAAAGAGGGGCUCAUAGGUCUUCAGAACUUACUGAAAAGCCAGCGGACACUGAGCCGAGUCGAGUUAAAAAGGCUAUGUGAAAUAUUUACUCGCAUGUUUGCUGACCCUCACAGCAAGAGAGUCUUCAGCAUGUUUCUGGAAACCCUGGUUGAUUUCAUCAUCAUUCAUAAAGAUGACUUGCAGGAUUGGCUUUUUGUUCUCCUGACCCAGUUGCUAAAGAAAAUGGGAGCAGAUUUGCUGGGGUCUGUGCAGGCAAAAGUUCAAAAAGCUCUGGAUGUCACCAGGGAUUCUUUUCCAUUUGAUCAGCAAUUCAACAUUUUGAUGAGAUUUAUUGUAGAUCAGACCCAAACGCCAAACCUGAAGGUGAAAGUUGCUAUCCUGAAGUAUAUUGAGUCCUUGGCAAGACAGAUGGAUCCAACAGACUUUGUGAACUCCAGUGAGACAAGACUUGCUGUAUCUAGAAUUAUAACUUGGACAACAGAACCAAAGAGCUCAGAUGUGAGAAAGGCAGCACAAAUAGUCCUGAUUUCUCUCUUUGAAUUGAACACUCCCGAGUUUACCAUGUUACUUGGUGCCUUGCCAAAAACAUUCCAGGAUGGUGCUACCAAGCUUCUGCACAACCACCUCAAGAACUCCAGUAACACCAGUGUGGGUUCCCCCAGCAAUACCCUUGGUCGGACUCCUUCCCGGCACUCCAGUAGCAGAACCAGCCCCUUAACUUCACCUACCAACUGUUCCCAUGGUGGACUGUCUCCAAGUAUGCUGGAUUAUGACACGGAGAACCUAAAUUCUGAUGAAAUCUACAGCUCUCUUCGUGGAGUCACAGAAGCGAUUGAAAAAUUUAGUUUCCGUAGUCAAGAGGACCUGAAUGAGCCAAUCAAACGUGAUGGAAAGAAAGACUGUGACGUUGUUUCUCGAGAUGGUGGCCUCGCUGUGCCUACCAGUGAUGUCCGUGGAAGCAGUGACAUUGUGGAAGGUGGACGGAUGGCUCUAGAUAACAAAACCUCCCUACUUAACACCCAACCACCCCGCGCCUUUUCAGGGCCACGUGCUCGAGAAUAUAACCCCUAUCCUUAUGCUGACACAAUUAACACUUACGACAAGACUGCUCUGAAGGAAGCAGUAUUCGAUGAUGACAUGGAUCAGCUUCGGGAUGAAGUACCCAUUGACCAUUCAGAUUUGGUGGCUGAUCUUCUGAAAGAGCUUUCCAACCACAAUGAGCGGGUGGAGGAGCGAAAAGGAGCUCUCCUGGAACUGCUAAAGAUCACAAGGGAAGAUAAUCUUGGAGUUUGGGAGGAACAUUUCAAAACCAUUCUGCUCUUGCUGCUGGAAACGCUUGGAGACAAAGAUCAUUCAAUAAGAGCUCUGGCGCUGCGAGUCCUGAGAGAGAUCUUACGGAACCAGCCAGCAAGGUUUAAGAACUAUGCGGAGUUGACCAUCAUGAAAACGCUGGAAGCACAUAAGGAUUCCCACAAGGAGGUCGUCAGAGCAGCUGAAGAAGCUGCUUCCACCCUGGCGAGUUCCAUCCACCCCGAGCAAUGCAUCAAGGUGCUUUGCCCCAUCAUUCAGACUGCAGAUUAUCCAAUUAACUUAGCUGCCAUCAAAAUGCAGACGAAAGUCAUCGAGAGGAUUUCCAAGGAAUCGUUGCAUCAGCUCCUUCCAGAUAUCAUUCCUGGCUUGUUACAGGGUUAUGAUAAUACGGAGAGCAGUGUCCGUAAAGCUAGCGUAUUUUGCCUAGUGGCAAUUUAUUCAGUAAUUGGAGAAGAACUGAAACCUCAUCUCGCACAACUCACAGGAAGCAAGAUGAAGCUACUAAACUUGUACAUAAAGAGGGCCCAGACCACCAACAGCAACAGCAGUUCCUCUUCAGAUGUUUCAACGCACAGUUAAUGGAGAUAUGUGGACAUAUGUGUAGACUUAGAAGCAAUCAACGGUGCCUCUCAGAGACCUUUCUGCUACUCUUCACUGGCGCGCUCCAUCAGCUCAAGGAGGCCAUGCAGAUAUUUAUUGCAAUCAGUAUUUUAGUCCCUUAAAAGCUUUUAUGUAGAAUCUUACUGGUAUUGAAUGUAAAGGAAACAAGGUCUGUGUUGCAGUCUUCAUUAAAAGUGAACAACAGAAAGCCAUACUUAAACAUAUUUGUAUAGCCUGCUGAAAUCUUGGAAAUAUGUUUAGGUUAGCGUUCCAAAACUGAGUCCAAGAACCUGGACACACGUAAAGGUCGAACAAAUCUUGUUGGUUUAGUUCAUACCCAGUUUUGGUUUCUGUGUGCUAGUUACCUGCUCUCUCCCCAUGGCCGCAGCCGUUCUGGCUAGGUUCUUCUCUUCUUACAAGUCUUGUGGUCCUGUUUUGUACUCCCUGUUGCAGCUUGCCUAACAUGCAGGUCUUUCCGUGGGGAGAUCUUUGCAGAUGUGGCUGUGAUUCCAGCCUCAGAUGCUUUAAUACUGGGAGAUGUCAAGUGUGUAAUGAAAGUAGGUUUUUUUUAAACAUCUGAGUUUUUGUACAUAGUUCUUCUGAUAGACCUCUGGGCUGAUUUCUCUGUAACUGCUCUCCAGCCAGCUGUGCAGUGCAAAACAGCUGGGCUCUUGCUCCUUUCUUUGACUCUGUAAAUAUUUCUCCCCUCCCAACCCAUUUGGCUCUUUCAUGUGCUCAAAAGACUCUCCAGGUUACUUGUUACUCCCCAAAGGGAACCUGAGACCCAGUUCUGGGACUGAUGCCUGCGAUGGGACACUGGAAUUAGGUGGGCGAGUGUUGGAUUAGGCUCCGAGUGUGUCCGUGGGUGGGCAGUGGGAGCUGGCAGGGCUGUAUCUCAGUGCUGCCUUGUGAGGCUAGCUGCAUUUUUCUUGAAGUCUGUAGUGUCAAAGGGAUGAUCAUCUGCUCUGACCUGACCCACUGGUGUUGGGUGGUGAAUGGCUUUGUCCCCACAACUCCUUUGUGCUUUGGGCAAAAUGUUCAUCCCAGAGGACAGAAAGGGCAUCUGAAAUGGAACAAAAAGGACAAAAAGACCCUGUUAGAAGCACCUACUGAGCCAGCUGGGACAGAGCUGGUUGCUGCCACAGCUCCCCUCCUGUGCCAUUGAAGAGCCUGCAGUGCUGUUAACUGCCUUUAGAAACCUCUUUCUUCCUGGCCAGCCCCACGCACAGCCCUGCUGGGUGCUCUGUGUUUCGGAGGGGUGCGGAGGGACCUCGCUGGGCACUGCUGUCAGCAGGGUGCUCUGGGUGAGGGUGCAGCAGGGCAAAUCUGAUGACACAGACCAAAUCAGAGCCAAACCAGCAGCAGUCAAAUACCCCACAGCAGCACCCUUUCCCAAAGGGAGACCUUCUGUUUGCAGAGGAUGAGCUCCCCCUGCCUCUGCUGUAACCAGGGGAAGCAGGAGGAUGCUAUGUGCUGUGUUUGGCCCUGGGCUGGAUCCUGGCUGACGGGCAUGCCCACCCCAAACCUGCAAUGGAUCAGAACUGGGUUUUUGCCCCUAGUGCCAGUGAUGCAAGAGGAUGGUGGACCUGCAGCUUACGGCUGCAGCUGUGGUGAUGGAUAUGUGCUCCCUGGCGGCUCUCGGUGCCUUGGUCUCUCUCCAGCCCCCUCCAUUUCCUCUUUGGGGAGCUGAAGGGACACCAUGGUAGCCUACUUGAGAACAUGAGAGUUUCCAGUACCACAGCAGGGAGGGUAAAGCCCCAUUGUCCUCCCUUUCCAUCAGUGCAUCCCUGUGUGUCUCAGCCCCAGCCCUGAGGAGCUAUGCUGGGAGGUGAUGCUUGGUGCCAGCUCCCCUCCCAGUCCCCAGCUCAGGAGGGCUUGGGGCUGGUGGGGGACUGUGUGGGAUUGGGCUGCAAAGCUUCUUGCUCCCUUUCCCUGCUGACAAGAGAGCAAAGGAGGUGACCUGCUCCUGAGUUUGUGAGGAUGUGUCCAGGCUUUUGCUGGCUGCAGGGCUAGUUCCCUCAUCUUUCCCAAUGAGUAAUACCAUGGCAGGAGAAACCAUGCGAUCCUGGUGGGUGGGAUUUCCCCAGGGUCUUUCUGCAGGCUCAGAAAAGCCAUCCUCGCUAGAGGGAGGAUUGGCUGCUCUAUGGUUGGUGUCUCCCUUUCCGUGGACCAUUCCUUUUCAACAUCUUUCAGUAUGCUUGUUAGAAUAUUCUUUUUUAAUUUUUUGAAUGAUUCAAAUUAUUUUAGUUUAACACGAAUUUAUUUUCCCUUUUGAGGAAAUAUUCAGCCGACUUGUUGGCAGCAGUUAGCUGUCUUGUUUGAAUUUUUAGUAGUGGGUUUGACUUUUUGUUGGUUGUUUUUUUUUUUUUAAUUUGUACUCUAACUGCUUAGUAUUUAUGCCUCUCUUUCUCCCCAUGUCAGUUCAGCAUUUUCUGUUCCAGCUGGGGGGUUCAGAAGGUCAGCAUAGCUGGCCAGAUGGCAUUUAGUCCCUCCCAGCUGUGGUGGAGCUUGGUCCAUCACCGUUUGCUGUUUGGUUUUUUUUUGUAUGGCACACUGUAGCAAAUCUCCAGGAAUUGAAUUCCUUCUCAAAUGAUUUUAUAUGUUUUAUAAAAUCCUGUUAGUAUGCACUGAGAGUGAACGCACUGUAACGUCCCCGAACUGACCCUAGUGCAUGCGCUGACACUACAGUAGGAGUUAACAGCUUGUCCUUCAAAAGACGCCUGCAACCUGCUGCGACUCCAGCGACGAGCGUGUGUUUUCCGAUACUAUUGGCACACUUGGGGCUGCAAAUAGUAGAACCAGGCCUUACUUUCUGAAUCAGAUUCUGUUCUGUUUGUCAACAGAAGCUCAUUAACGUGCUACUUAAUUUGGUUAUGUGAGUCAGUCGAGGACUGUUCAUCCUUUGAGUACUCUAGAAGUAUGUUAUACCUGUAUACAGUAGAGAGCAUUCUGCUUAGGUAUUUAUAAAUCAUUGCGUAUAAUGUACAUAAUAAGGUUGUUUAGUAUGUUGAACAUGACCCGGUUUAUUUUUUUUGUGUGUUUCCUUUGAAGUACUCAAAGGGCUAGCUCUGAAUGUCAUCUCUCUGAUCUCCAGUGUUCUGACUUCAACAAGCUGUACAAUCAUUUUGUUUUCUAUUCAGCAAGCAUAAAGGUCUCUCUGGCUACAAAUCACAGUGUCCACGCAUGCUUGCAGAGAAAGAUCUGCAUGCUGGCAGUGCCUCACCGCACCGGUGAAGCUUGUGUUCACGUUCUCCCAGCAGUAGCCACCUACUGCAGCUGCCUUUUUUUUUUUUCGUCCUUGCUGCCCAUUAUGCAGGGCUUCAAUUUUUCGUACCUUAAAAAAAAAAAAAGUGUAUUUUAUUUGCCCAUCAUGCUUUAAAAGUCUGAGUGGGAGAAGACUCUCAGCAGACAGCGGCUCCUGGCUGCAAAGUUGCCGAAAUCUCAGAUGUGGAUGUGUUUUCUGCCAUUGGCUGCACCAGUGCUCCGUGGGCAUGGGCAAAUACCGGAUCCAUCCGCCCCACAGGUCUACGUACUGUAGUUCUCAUGUAGUGCAGAAAUAUCGAGGCAUGUGGCUUUCUUAAGGUACACUAUGUGUGCUUGCCUGGAUUACAAUACAAUACGAGACUGUCUUUUUUAUUGCUUAUUACUAGCUUACCAAUAACCUGUAUAAGUAAUGUAACUCACAUCUUUGUCAUCAAAACCUUUUCUCCCCACCCCUUUAUUUAUCAAGCAUAAUAUUACAUAUUAAGGGACAGAAAAAUAGACCUUCGUAGAAUACAGCAGGACGUUGCUAACAAUGUUUUAAAUGGGAAGUAAAAACCGCUCUGAAAAACGCCAACCAUGAGAAAUGACUUUGUUGGCACCGUGUUCAUGCGCAUGUGUUUUUUUCUAUUUUUUCCGCUUUUGUCAUGUUACAUCCAUAUCUGUAUUUAUAUCUUAUUUGUUUCACUUUUGAGUGUAUCAUGGCAAUUGUACAGAUGUUUUUGUUAACAUUUAUGUGAUAGAAUUUGCUAAAAAAAAAAAAAAUUAAAAUAAAACCUUUUGAGUUUGCCCUAGAAGAA